AUGGUGUGGUGGUUGGCCUCCCUCUCGCGGCCUCUUGCGGUCAUACAGAGAACAGGUCCGUGGAAAGUCAGCUUGCUCCCGCAAACAGGAAGAGGAAGAACUGUCACCGUAGCUCCCUUUUUACUUUCAUCUUUUCCCCCGGGGACCGAACCCGACACAGGGAACGGACCCGGGACUGAAACCUUCUCUGGGACCGAACCCGACCCCAGGAUUGUUGAACCGGACCCAGUGCCUUUAAACUUGUUAGCGGAGGACGAAGAUGGAGACUUUUUGUCGCCCAGUGGAGGGUAG